UCCCUCAGUCAUGUAGGAGCCGCGAGUUUGAUAGCACGCACUUUUUCGCGCUCCUCAUUUGAAACCUCAAGGUGCUACCUACUUAGUCACUAACAUUACGUAUGCUACAGUUAAGUGUAGAUUUCGUGUGGAGUCUUUUGUACUGCAGUGAACCUUUUAAGACACACUACAGCGAUACAACUCCAAUGGUCCAGGGGAUUGGAAUUAAGCGGAGACGCUUCUGUGACUGUGAUCAAGUGUAACGGAAAUUUUUCAGUGUUGAUAUUACACCAAGACAACGAACCUUUCCAGAACAACGGUUGCAUAUAUUCAAGACUGCAGAAUCCGAUUUUGGAUCCCAAACGAAUUUUAAGUGCCAUCAUUGUGUACAAUUGGAUCCUGCUAGUUUACACCCACGGCCCUCUUAGUGACCUGUCCAGCCUUCUACCACACUGCCAAAUUAUCACCCAAGCCACCGUGGUUGACCCGAAGUGACCGCGUAUCAUAUUCCUGUGCCGGUUCCACUUCAACCUUUACUCACCACUAUCCCUACAAAGCUGACCUGUUUUGCCUUUGGGGCCAACUAGAAGCAGCCUGAGUUGACCCUAGGCGCCCGGAGGUAGCUCAGGUCACAUGCGACGACGGCUCUUCCGGUGUAACCUUAACUGACACGCCUGGUGAAGGUCUCGUCUGGUUGGAUCAUUAAAGUUGUGGUGGCGGGAGAGUGCGCGCCCUAGUGUCGUCGGACAUGUGGACCGCUUGGUAACGCUAGUGAACAUCAGCUAACAAGUGGUGGGUUGUGAGCACCAUGGCCGGCGUCAGCACCAUGUACGCACCAUCAUCCUACACCGAUUCCAUCAGACUGUGGAACAUCGCUGGCGUCUUCAACUACUUCUCAGGUGACAAGAGUGGGAAUGACAAGGGUGUGAGCCCGCAGACGCCCACGGACGAGGCCGCCACGCCCACCAACGCUCCCACCAGCCCUCCCUCUGACGCCCUCACCCCUACAUCUGAUGCUACCAUAGGAGACGAGGGCGAUUUCUUGAAUGGCGCCAGCGUGUCGUGUUCUGUGUGCCACAAGAAGUUCGCUAACAUCCACCGUCUUCAGCGACACAUGAUCUCCCACCAGGAGUCGGACGUGCUCAGGCGGUUCAAGUGUGACGAGUGUGGCAAAGCCUUCAAGUUCAAACAUCACCUCAAGGAACACAAGAGGAUUCACAGUGGUGAGAAGCCCUUCGAGUGUGAGCACUGCGGGAAGCGGUUCUCCCACUCAGGCUCCUACUCCUCACAUAUGUCCUCCAAAAAGUGCCAGCUUGGACGCGGUAGGACCAAUGGAUUAAUGCCGCGUACAUCCCCACAGUUUCCAGGACCUCAUACCAAACGGCCAAUUCUUAAUGGGUCCUAUUUACCUAUUCUUCCCAAGGACAAGUCUCCAACUCCUUCUGCUGAUCUCGGCUAUUCCUCACCCACACGGCCCAUCUCCAGGGAUUCCCUUCUCAUGUCUCCACCUUCACUCGUGUCUCCAAGUGGCCUCAGCAGUUCUGGUCUGACUGCUGGACUACCACAGGGAUUCCCCCAGGGCUUACCUCAAGGGCUUCAGAGCAAUCUCCAUCAGGGUCUAUCACCCUAUCAUCCCCUCAACUCCCUCAUCUUGGCUGCUCAGCUCCACCCACAGUAUUCAUCCUUGCUGUCUCUCACAAUGUCCCAGGCACUUAACAAAGCUCACCAAGAUGGCAAUGAGGAGAAGGAUAACAGUGAAGAUGCCCCACAGGAGGAUGUUGAUGAUGAUGAUAGAGAGCCAGGUGAACUUGUCAUCAAGGAAGAGACAAGAGAGGAUGAAGAGGAGAGAGAAGAACAGCAGCAGGAAGAAAGUUAUCAAGAAGAGAUGGAAGAAACUCCAAAUAACAAUGACAGGGAAGGUAUGUCUACAUUGAAGAAAAUGUUAGAGAGUGUAAACACAAGUGUCACAAAACACCAGUUUGAGGAAACAGUAUCAUCUGCCUCCCAGGGCUCUGUACUGAACUCUGCAGCCAUUGCUGAUGACCUCUCUUGUAGGCUCUGUGGCAGCAUCUCCAGAAACCCUAGUGAAGCCUACUUACAUGCUUCUCGACAAUGUCCACAUCUUCCUGAGGUUACGUCUGCCUCUGAACGCUAUAAGGGACAUUUAAUUGAGGGUCUGGCAGCAAGGCUUCACGAGUUGGCAGGAAACCAGAAGCCACAGCAUCAACUGCGGCAGCAACACCAGCACUUGCCUCAGUCCCAUUAUUUGUCCAAUCGAGUUUUUUUCAGCAGGGAUGACGAGAGAGAUGCUGAUUCCGGCCAUAUUGUAGAUGAUGAAGAAACCACCAGUGAUGGAAAAAAGGUUCGUGUACGUUCUCACAUCCGUGAGGAGCAGCUUGUUGUCCUACGUGCUCACUACGCCAUGAACCCUAGACCCAAGAAAGAAGAAUUGCUAAAUAUUGCUGAGAAGAUUGGGUUCUCUGUCCGAGUGGUGCAAGUUUGGUUCCAGAAUGCUCGAGCCCGUGACCGACGUGAGGGUCGAUCUAUUACCCCUACUCCAUCAACAUACUCUCAGGCCAGUUACACCUCGAGCUACAGCAAUCCUAGCCACACUACUUCCAGCUAUACACCUUCAAGCUAUGCUCCUACCAGCUAUGCUCCGCCCACCUCUCAGGCUAAUUCCAAGGCCUUAAGCAUUAGCUCCUAUUACCCGUCCCUGCUGGCGGGACCAGGUCUAGUCUACCCACUUCAGAAUGGUCGUGCCUCUCCAACACCUGCUGAUGGAGCUGAUGGCAAUGAUGAUGACCAACCUCUUGAUCUCUCCACCAAAAAAUCGUCCCCAUCAGCAUCGCCAAAGCCUGCCUCAGUUUAUUCUGAUUCAGAUGCAGAUUCCACCUCAUUGGCGAUCUCUUACAAAUCUGAAUCUCGCACACCCACACCCAACUCUCUCAACAAUAAUAUAUCUGAACCUAAAGAGCCCAGUGGGCUGACUGUGGCUGGGUUGCCCUCUGUGAUCUCUGAACAGUGCAAAUUGGCACAGAUUCUCCAUGGAGCGAAGCUUGGCCUACCAUCUCUGUACACUGACCAUAUAGAUCCCAGUGACAAGCGACCAAGGGAUGAUGACAGUGGUGAUGAAAGUCGCAAGAGACGCCGUGAGGAGGAGGGAGGUGUUUUUCAGUGUGACCAGUGUGACAAGUCCUUCAACAAGCAAUCGUCCCUUGCCCGCCAUAAGUAUGAGCACUCAGGCCAACGCCCAUUCAAGUGUGAUCUCUGCCCCAAAGCAUUCAAGCACAAGCACCAUCUAACAGAGCACAGCCGACUACAUACUGGGGAGAAGCCUUACCAGUGCCACAAGUGUCUCAAGAGGUUCUCUCACUCAGGCUCCUACUCCCAGCACAUGAACCACCGUUAUUCAUACUGCAAGCCCUACCACCCUGAUGGCGCUACUCCACACUCAGAGUCCUCUACUCCCGUCCCCUCUCCAUCAGAUAGUGGCGUUGGCAUUGUUAGUAGUGCAGGGGAAGGUGUGUCAGUCAUUGUUACUGCCACAGCUGAUUCACUCCCUACAGCACCAGUCAUCCCAUCCCUCGUUUCCUCAGUAGAAGAGUCGUCUGUAAGCACCUCGCCAGCCACGCCCUCAGAGGCCCUUGAGACCACACCCAUCACUGUAAAAGAAGAAGUUGUGGCGUAAAUGUGUGAAAAUUUCAUGUAAUAAGAAAUUGAAUAUUGUGAUGCAAAGAAUGUGUGACAACGAACAAAUAUUAAGAGAAUUUCCUAUUACCAUAUAAAUCAAAAUAGUGACUUGCAAUGGCAUGUCUUAUGAUCAAAAUAAGUGAUGAAGACUAAAGAAUUUGAUGUUUCUGAUACUUGACAUAUUGUAAGAAAAGGAGCCUGCAUGCUUGGUGUGCAAUAUGUCGAGUGAUGUGCUACUUACAUUGCUGAUUUACCUGGACAUACUAUGCAGUGUUUCUUUGUUAUUUAAAAAGGAUUAUAAUUAUACAGUAUUUACUUUUGAAUAGGAUUAAUGUGAAUUCGCAUGUGCCAAUCACUUUUAUCUUCACUUACGAAAACUUUUUAAGGGGGUCCUUAAGGCUGGAACGUGGGAAUGGGACAGCCACUUCUCGGUCCCUCAUCUUUCUCUCUCUCUAUCAUUCUCAUAGUUCUGUAGUUAUGAUAGUUAGGCGUUGAACCAAGGCGGGUUAGGCCCUUACACCUCCAGCCAGUACCUGUCCAAUACUCAAGUGUAGUGCCGCAUAGAGAAGCAGUGUUGCCAAGAAAGAAUAUAUUUAUAUUUGAGAGAAAUGUGUAUUUGUGUUAUUAAAUAUUGUGAGUAGAAGGAAUAUAUUAUUAAUCAAGUAUUUUUUAUGUUUCACUUUCUUUUUGUAGCCUGGAGAUUUGCAGUUAAUGAUGCUACUUGUUAAUGCACUCCAGAAAAGGAAAGUAAUUAUCUUUGUGAAGAGUAGUGGGCAACACUGCGGUGAAGUAAGAAGACGAGCAGGUAUUCCGCUGAUAAAUCCACUGUCUUCCAUAAGCGUACUAGGAACCAUACACGAUUCCCAGCGUCUAGUACUAGUGGAUCCCUCGUGCCUCGUGCCAGCAUCCUUAUUAGUGACACCACCAGCUACCCUGGCCCUUGAUAAAUUGAUGUCAAAUUAAUGCUUGACUGAAAGACAAAUACAGUAAACUUUUUACAGAGGUCCAUUGUGGCUGGUCAUGUCAUACUGUUAGUCCAAAAUAAUCUCAACAUGUGCAAUCUUUCUAUUUUCUAGAUUUCCAAGGCAUGCCAUGUAGUUCUAUCAUUUUUGGAACUUUUCUGAAAAUUCUAUUGUACCUCUUUGCUUCUGUUAUUCAAGAACUGGCAGCAUGAUCUUUUAACAUGUCUGUCACCUGCAUUGUUAGUCAUAUUGCUAGUCUAGUUAGUUUUCUGUUAUCUUAUACUUGGCACCUGAUUACCUUGCAUCUUUAUGAGCUUUCAAGAGCUAAUUUCAUGCUACUUUCUAUAUUGCCAAACGAAAUGCCAGUUUAACUUGGUUGUAAGCAACGAUUGUGCCAAAAUGACUACUGGAGAUUUCUAAUAGGAUCUUGUUAGGAAUGUGGAUAACAUUUAGAAUUUUAUUUUUAUCAAGUAUACAUAUGCAAAUUUAUUUUGUAUAGAGACCGUACUUCACCACAAUAGUGUACCAGAGUGCUUCCAUAUCACCCUGAGCCGGGCCCAAGGCUAUACACAGAGUAACGUCCAUGACAGGUGACUAACUGGCAGCGUCGACCACUAAGGCUCCCAGUCAAAGUCUUUCACCUCCUCACUUCCUGUAGAUUCCUACAAAAGGGCGCCGCGGGAGGGCUCCACACAGGAGGCCUCAGAUUGCCGUCUUUCACACAAGUCAGGGGCUUUCUUGCGGUGUCCAACCUCAACUACCACCAUCCUAUUGUCACGUGACCCUCUCCCGGCCAAUAGCAUUCCUCUAUCUCGCCCGAUCCCGUUCUCUCUCGUCUCCUGAUUGGUGGCUUCACUUUGGUCUCUGUACUCUUCGGGGAACUCUGGAAUUUGAUUGGCUAAGUGAGCACCAAUAGCAAGGAGGUUUGAAUUCGGUACAUUCCCCUUUGCUGUUUGUUCAUCCAUAACCAUUUUUUAGGAAGUAAGUACAUUUUAAUUGGAAAUGGCGCUGUGACUGCAACGGACAGCAUGACAACAGGGCCAUCAUGUUUGAACGGUGUCGUGCCUUUUCAUCUCUGUGGAAUCUCGCUGUAUAUAUAUAUAUAUAUAUAUAUACCGGGCGCAAAGAAUGCGUUUAAAGUUCUGUAGAUGGUUAAACGGAAGAUGUUUGCAUUCUCAAUAAGCAUUCCAACGUAGCUGCUAGAAGUGACUUUCAAUGUGUGAUAUAAAGAAAGAUCCCUUAAAUGUCCAUGACUGCGCGGAGAAAUUUAUUUUUUGUCCCAUUUGCUCUCAACAUUUCCCUCCAAAAUAUGGUAUUCCAUUUUAUUAUUCCGUAGUAGCCUAAUCUAGACCUAGAUUUUUUCCUAUUAAUGUCCGAUCUUUGACUCUACUGUGGUGUAUAGGCUUGUGCAGUUUUUACGAUUUCGCUACAAAUGCUCACAAAUCUGUGCUUUCACAUGGAGAGAAAAAAAGUCAAUUUUGAAAAACUGAAAACUGAGCACGGGCCUAGACCCUCUCUUUGGUGCCAGAUUGCGAUUCUGUCCUGGCUGUUAGUGUUAUAAGGAAUUUUAUAAAUCAGUCGAAAGAAGUUCAUUUUUAAAGAAAUGUCUACUGCACUGUAUGUAUUUGUAUAUAUUGUGAACAAAUUAAUAUUAAAUAUUUUGGAUGUGAAGGUUAACCAUUUGCAUUUACAGAAAGAAUAAAUAAGUCCUAUAUAUAAUAUAAAGAGCCAAUAAGAAUAAUUAUUUAAGCUAGUGGACAGAAUCGCCAUCUGGAUUCCUUGCCUUCCAACCCCCUUUUUCUCAGUGUUUCCUACGUCACUCUCCAUAUUGUGUGUUUGUGUGUCUGUGUUUAUCCAGUUCCUUCACUUUGAACUUGGAACACUAUGGAAAACCUUAAUAGUUCAUCCUCCCUUGUCUUUAUAAGUGAUACACAUUUGACUAUUAAACAGGAUGCUUUCAAGUACAAAGAACAUAGAGACCCCAACUUGAAUGUAUUAAAUUACAGACAGAUAGAUGGCAUCUUUUCUAUGUCACUUAUUUCAAUGAAAAAUAACGUUCCUACUACGUAUAUAUGUUUUUGGUCUAUUCCAAUUACAAUGUGCUUCCGUCAUAUAUAUAUAUAUAUUAUAAAAAAGUAAAAUCAACCCUAUUCCAAAUGUCAAAACAAACAAGCAGUGCAAUAGAAGUCACUAAAUAACAUUAUAUCUUUUCUCCCUUCUCUCAUCAUAUUCCAAAUUAGAUUAUAACGGUGAUUUGUAUCUUAUUGUAGCUAGACAUAAGCCUAAGGUUUAUAUGAUUACCUUAUUGUAUAUUUUCUUGUACUGAUAAAUAAUAAUAAAGCCAAUUAUUGAACACACUCAUUGGUUGCCCCCGCCUGGUGUGAUGGACUGACUGGAGCCAUAAUGUACUGCCCCAGUGGAGCAAGUCUUCUAUUUAAGGAUGUGUCAAUUUACCACAAAUUUCCAAUUGUCCAAUAAAGACAAAAAAGGACACAGUU